GAGGUAAUUAUAAAAGAAGAAGAAGUCAGUAUCGCGUGAUAUUAUUGGCUCCUUCAGUUGGCCAAUGAACGACGUUCUUAUACGCACGUUCUCCUACUUCCAUGUGAGUAGUUGUCGCCUGCUAGCAAGCUCCUGAUCACAGUAACAUCAUGCUUCGUCGGGAGGUGAGACUGAGACGAGAGUACCUGUACAGGAAGGCCCAGGAAGACCGGCUCCGGACCAUCGAGGACAAGAAGCAGAAGCUGAAGGGCGCCCUUGAAGAAAAUCGCCUCCUUCCAACCGAAGUUCGCAAAGAUGCCCUUGAGCUGCAGAAGCUGCUGGAGUACGACGAUGAGGGGGCCGAAGGUGUCAGCUCCCACAUGGAUGAUGAGUACAAGUGGGCGGGAGUUGAAGAUCCUAAAGUCAUGGUCACCACAUCCAGAGACCCCAGCUCCAGACUCCGAAUGUUCUCCAAGGAGCUGAAGCUGAUGUUUCCUGGAGCGCAGCGCAUGAACAGAGGGAACCACGAGAUCAAAGGCCUGGUGAGGGCGUGCAAAGCCAACAACGUGACGGACCUCGUCAUCGUGCACGAGACCCGAGGACGGCCAGACGGCCUGGUGGUGUGCCACUUGCCGUUCGGGCCCACAGCUUAUUUCACGCUGUACAACGUGGUGAUGAGGCACGAUGUGCCCGACAUAGGCACCAUGUCGGAGGCCUUCCCCCACCUCAUCUUCCACAACUUCUCCUCGCGCCUCGGCACCAGGGUUUCCAAUAUCCUCAAGUAUCUUUUUCCAGUGCCAAAGGAGGACAGUAGGCGCGUCAUCACAUUUGCCAACCAGGAGGACUUCAUCUCGUUCAGGCAUCACACCUACAAGAAAACCGACCACAAGAACAUUGAGAUGACGGAAGUGGGGCCCAGGUUUGAGAUGAAGCUGUAUAUGAUCAAGCUGGGCACCCUGGAGAAUGAGAGCACGGCGGACGUGGAGUGGCGUCACCACGCGUUCACAAACACAGCCAAGAAGAGGAGGUUCCUCAGUGUGCAGUAGGCGCUAAUGAAGAAGAGAAGCUUUUUUCAUAGAUAUAACUUGACAUGUGGAGUUUAUGUCCGCUUUAAGAUGUCCUUGGUUUUUAUUAUUUGCCAACCAAAUAUAAUAGAACUAUAAUUUGUUUAAAAAAGUCAAACUGCAUCAAAUCCUUCAUGACAAACUUAUGUCUAAUGCACACUUCUGAGUGUAAUAUAACUUGUUUUUGAAUAAAAUGUGUGCCCAAUGGUC